GAUCUCCCAACUUCCGGUGUCUGUGUGUGCAUGCAUAUCGGUUGUCGGCGAUCGGUGCGCCCGUCUUGAACCGGUGUUUGGACCUUUGUGCCGUCUCCCAGGAAUUACAAGGUGCUGCCAGUGUUUUGAACAGCUGCAGGUCUGGCAUGGGCAGCCCAACGCGGACGUGAAGGCGGAGUCCGGCUGCGAAGAAAGUGGCAGGGAUUCGGUGAACAGGGGCAGUGGACGUGGACGUGCGGUGACAGCCAUAUCGUGGCAACUCUGAAGCUAUGGCGUUCGCAGGGCUCAAGAAACAGAUCAACAAAGCCAAUCAGUAUGUCAGCGAAAAGAUUGGAGGAGCGGAGGGUACCAAAUUCACGGACGAGUACAUGGAAAUGGAGAGGAAAAUAGACUUGACCAGCGAGUUAGUGGAAGAGCUGAUUGUAAAGACGAAAGAAUACCUCCAGCCAAAUCCAGCAUCCCGAGCAAAACUGAUGGUAAGCACGAAACUCCGAGGCCCGGGAAAAACUCAUGCAUAUCCUCAGCCGGAGGGAGUGCUCGGAGAAUCCAUGACCAAGUAUGGCACUGACUUGGGCGAGGAAAGCCCCUUUGGUCAGAGCCUCAUUGAAGCUGGAGAGGCACUCAAGCAGCUGGCCGACAUCAAAUAUGCCCUGGAAGAUAAUGUGAAACAGAACUUUCUUGAGCCCCUUACCCAACUACAGAACAAGGACCUUAAGGAUGUUUUGCAUCAUCGCAAGAAAUUGCAGGGCCGACGUCUGGACUAUGACUGCAAAAAACGGAAACAGCUGAAAGGUGGCCACUUGACAGAAGACGAGAUCAAGCUCGCCGAGGACAAAUUUGAAGAGUCUUUCAACUUGGCGUCCCUGGGGAUGUUUAAUCUUUUACAAAAUGACGUUGAGCAAAUCUCUCAGCUUCAUGCCCUGGCUGAAGCCUUCUGUGAAUAUCAUCAGCAGUGUGCGGAAGUGCUCCAGGGGCUUACUGAACGGUUGCUCGAACAAAAAGCUGAGGCAGCAGGGCGUGAUCGCGAGCCAUAUGAACCCAAGAAGCUGUCUGAUCUCAAUCUCACGGCGAUUCACGACGACAUCUCGCCCAUGGUCGAGUCAGGUGGGGGCUACUUCAAUGGCGAGCCCCAGCAAAACUCCCUCUUCUUCUCCUCGGCCCCAACUGCGUCUCCUGCCCGCUCACCCCUGAACUCGCCUGUGAACCCACGGCCUGCCAAUAACCUCUUCCUGGGCAGCUUCCCCAAUCCGCAUGGCACGGGGGCCUCGCCUGGCUCCAGGUCUCCCAAUGUGCCCACUGAUGGCGGUUGGGGGGAUGGGUGCGGCUCAGCUUCUCCACUUCCAUCGCCGGUGCGGUCACCAGCCCGGGCCCCGCGCGCACCGACCUGUCGAGCGCUGUACGACUUCGAGCCGGAGAACGAGGGUGAGCUGGGCUUCCACGAGGGGGACCUCAUCUCACUCGUGCGCCGCGUCGACGACAACUGGUACGAGGGCAGCAUCGACGGCCACACGGGCAUGUUCCCUGUCAACUAUGUCGAGGUGGUGGUGCCGCUGCCGUGAAACUGCGUGUGGCUGAGCUCUAGCCACCGCUGUUCUGCUGCUGGCUGAUUAUGCCGCUUGUUACCAGCUGUGCAAAUGCCUGCUGUGGGAACAAGAGGCUCUACCAACCCUCCAUCUGUGUUAGCUCUGAAUUCAGCAAGUCCCAUCUGUUGAUUUUGGUCUUAUCUGUGAACGGUUCACAUCUGGACUUUAGUCAUUUUGGGUUGUUUAUAUAUGAGUUUUCCCUUGCAGCCAUGCUUUCAAUCAUAAUGGAAACUGCCCAGUUUUGAGUGUGAAAAUGUAAAUAUUUAUUAUUUAGUGCCACGGACAUUUUUAGGUCAUUGUUUAUUUAUGUUUGGACUCUGCACCUCCACCCCCACCCUAUCCUUGAUGAGCUUUUAUUACUGCGGGAUGAGAAAUAAUGAUGGUGGUUUCUUUUUUUGAUGAUGGAAAAAGAAAGAAAAGCUAACAAUGCUUUUCAUAGGCACAAAUCAGAAGGUUGUAUUGGUUGCAGGUAAUUUUUUUCUUACAUUUUUUUUUUCUUCUCUCGCAUUAGAAAUUUGUGCGCUGUGUGUUAAGAGGCAUCAUUUGACGACAACCUUGUUGUUGUUCAGAAUGUAUUUAAGACAUGGCCAGAUUCUAUCAACUGGUUACAACCAACUGGGCAUGUCUUGUUUGUUUCUUUUUCACUUUGUAAAUCAUUGUAACAUUUUUUUUUUUUUUUGGAAGCUUCUGCCUUGGACUCUAUGUCUUUCAUGGCAUCAAUCAUGUACCACGUCCCCAAUGCCUGUAGUGAGCCUUGUUGAUUGUGACUUAAAUGUCCUGUUCUAUCAAAACUGCUACAUUUAUUGUAUGUGGGAGUUGUUAUAAAGCUCACUGAAGAUUCUACUUACCCCAGAUGCUUGUCACCAAUCUGCAGUUUCCCAUACUGCUCCCUUUCCUUCAUUGUCUGUCUGUGCUGUCAAGUACAUCAAAUACGUGUAGCACAGGGGUUCCCAAACUUUUUGGCUCUGGAGGAACCACCUUGGCAUUCAAUAUGUGGCAAGGAACCCCUCAUUUGCCUCUCAGGUACACGUGAAAAAGAGCGCAGCAAAAAGGCUCCUCAAUUAACACCUGCACUGACUCAGGAAAAUGGUUACACAAGGCUUAUAUUUGCACAGUGCUGCAAAGGGUGGAUUGGAAGAAUCGUUAGUAGCUUAGCAAUUGUGAAGAAAAGGCCACAUAGGUGAACGGUCACGUGUGUCAGUCCAGGUGCUCACGGGGCCCCAGGACAGUUGUGUGGACAUGACGAGAUUUCCUCCACAAGUAUCCACACUCAAUCAACGAAUUAAUUAAUCAAUCAAGCAGUUAUUACAAUGCAUGAACAAUCGGGCGAUAAGUAGCUUUUCUGCGGUGUUGACAAGGUGAAAAGGAAAAAAUGGGGGCACACGCAGCACUCUGUAUGCUCCUGGAAACCAAAGAAGUCCCCUGUGAAACCUGAGGGUUCCUUGAAAUCCAGUUUGGGAACUCCUGAGUUAGCUUACUUUGUGCUCCUUUAGUGGCUGGCCUCAUGAUGCAAGUUCCUCCCCUCCCUUCAAGUUCAUCAUUUGCGAGAGCAUGGUUGUGAAAUGCUUCCUUCUAAUGUUCAGCUGGUGCUAUUUGUGCCUGUAUUGCAGUGAAAAGGAAAGAACAUUUCGCACAUGUAGGUGGCGGGCACUAUUGCUGUUCUUCACUUGUUUGAAUGUUCAAACCAGCACUCAAUGGAGAACCGCACGACUGCUCGUCAGUACCUUGCGACAACAGCUAUGAGACAGGAGCGAUAAAGGAUGCCUUGUUAUAUGGGCAGUGCCUAAGAAAAUCACAUUUUUUCUUUCACUAGUCUGUCAAGGCCAUCUAAUAUGCAGCCAUCCCCUGCUACUGAUCACUUUUCAGCGUUUCUGUCUUCAGCCAAACACAAAUGCAAAUCAAGAAUGAAGACUGAUAUGACGAUUGGUGUUCCCCUAUACCUUUCCAGUUUUUUAAUGUGUCUGUGCUCCUUGUGUUACAGUUAAGUUGUUCUGACUGCAUAAUCACUUCAUUUGCGAGCACAAAGCAACGAUCAAGCCUUCGACUUUCACAUUAACGAGCGCAGGUUGAAGUGUGUUGCAGAUAGCAGUGUCUGUUUGGAUGUGUCCUGAAACGUUAUGAGAAGAACCUAACUACAAGUACAUCGAAACCUGCAAAGGUAAAAAAAAAAAAAAAAGCACCACACCAAUCACCAUGCAGGUAGCAUAGAAGUUCAGAUUCAUUUCAAGUGUUUAGCUUAGAGAAUGGCGAUGCAUUACUGCAUACCACACUGCGAUGCAAAUGCUUCACAUGCCUACUUUUAGUGCGCAUUUUUAAAGCAGUUUCUUGCUAGAAAAACUGUUGACCACACUAUUUCGGGUGUAAUACACCACCUUUUUUCGCUGCAGCAGAGUGACCUUGAAGACAAGGACAUUUAGCUUUGGCAAACAAUGCAUGAGCGUUGGUAAGGAGAAGAAAGCACAGCCAGUGGGCAAGGGUUAUGUUAGGCUUUUAUGAUAAGAGUCGCAGCAGUAUAUAUGCGAGUUUUAGCCAGUAUGUAUACCUAUCAGCGUUUACAUGUCAAUCGAGUACUGGGAUGCAAAUGUAAACAACAGUGCUGGUGAUCUACAUCUGAUGGUGUGUUCAAAUCGGCAUGCGCUACUGUGUUCUCUUGUGUGACAUUUCUUGGCACGGAAGGGUAUAAUACGUAUUAGUAAGUCUGUGUCGCUACAAAAACUACAAAUGCUAGUAUGUUAGAAUACACAGCCACAGGAUGCAGCAAGAGGCUCGCAUGAUUUGUUUGAGCAGAGCAUCACAAGAUGUAGCCACGAACGCUAUUUGGAGCUACGUCACAGUACCUUGCCAGAACAGUAACACUAAAAUGUACACAUACUCGCUUAAGCUUUAAGUUGAUUGGCCCCGCAGUAGACACUGAUCUACAUUGAUAAACGUCACUUGCCUCUUAAAAGGUUCUGGUGUGGAAAUAAUGGUCUUCAGAGGGCUUUACAAUCUAUAUGUCCUAGUUUGGGGAAGGCUGAUGUAUAAUGUUACAUUCAUUUGAGAUUGCACAACUGCUACAAGGCAGGCCACGAAAUUAUGUGCCACGGUUGGCUUGUAUUGACAAUAGUUUGUUCUCGACUGUUCAUGAUAUGCAACACCACAAUGUCGUGUGUCUUUUCCCUGAGUGCAUGCUUGCUUGCACAUUUGAGUGCGUGCAUCUUGAAUUGUGUGUAGCAGUGCUUGUGUUCCGACAUAUCCAACAUAACCGCUUGUGCUCACGUCCGCACGUCUAGUUCAGCUGUCGGUACAUUGUGGGAGGAGCGGACACAUCUAGUCCAGCAGAUAGCAAAUGGUCCUGUUUUGAGAGGGGAUGUACUACUCAUCUGCAUCUUUCUUGGUGCCUCACUUUUCAUUUUCAAACAUUGCAGCCACUAUAUAGCUAGCCGAAGACAGUGCACUAGAAGCUGGUACUUGUGAAGCAUAUUUUAGCAUCAUGGUAUAUAUAAACGUUCGCUACAUACAAAACAUGUCGCAAAGAGGGCAUAUGCUCCCAAGCUUUCUGUGUGUUUCAAGCAACCACUAGGUCUACAGUGUGUCCCUUCCAGCAAUAUGCCCUAGUCAGCAAUAUUGAGGCUCUGUGCCCUCCACUCGAGCUUGCUUCACAAUCUGGCCCGUGAAAAGCACCAGCGGCCCAUCGCAUGUACAUGAUAGUUUCUUGCCAUACAAAAAGAAGGAACUAAUAUUUUGGAUUUUUAAAAUCCAAAUACCAAAGGCAAUAUAUAUUCGCUUUUGUUGUCUCGGACACAUACCUCACACCGUCCCCGUCUCAUGGCAAUACGGCACAACCCCUAUGAAUUCUUGAAAUCGAAUCUUAUGUUCACACCAAAAAAAAUCACGUUGUUCGCUCACCUCCGGCCUCCAUAGCAGCUUCCUGUAGCCUUAGAACCCCCUUUCUUUUUUCCUUUCCCAGUACUACUCUCCUGUGUGCCGAGUUCCAACCCGGCCAGCCACCAGCAUAACUUGUAACCGUAACCACUGUGAUCUUGAUGUCGUCCUCCGUAGACCUGUAUCUUUUUCUCUGUCCGUUCCAUACUCGCAUCGCUACAGGAAAUCUCUCAAACCGUGGUUCUUUUUUCGCCGUUGUAAAAUCUUGUUAAAUGUCAUGCAAAUGAGAGACAUUUAUCCCAAAUAAAAGCUGUUUUUGUUGUUCCAACAA